CUGCUUCUGCUGCUUCUUCUAUAGCUCCUUCUGUUGCUCCUGCCCCUGUUGCUGCUGCUGCUGCUGCUGCUCCCGUUGCUGCUGCCGCUGAUCCUGCUGCUGCCCUCGCUGCUGCUGCUGCUGCUGCUGCUGCUGCUGCUGCACCCCUGCCUGCGGAGCCGCUAGAGCUGCGAAAGACACUGGACGUUGAGCGGGCCAUUCGGUUUAUACAGGGCUGGAUAGCAGCAGCAGCAGAUACUUCUGACGCUGCUGCUGCUCCUCCUCCAGCAGCAGCAGCAGCAGCAGCAGCUGCUGCUGCUGCUGCUGCUGCUGCUGGGGGCGCUGACCCCCAGCAGCGUGAGCUCCCGCAACAGUCAUGCCGUCGCCAGCCUCAGCAGCUGCGCCAGCAGCAGCAGCAGCACCGGCAACAGCAGCAGCAGCAGCAGCAGCAGCAGCAGCAGGAGCAGCAGCAGCAAGCUUUGGCUUGUGUUGCACUGGGUCUGGUGGAUGAAGAAGCAGUGCAGCAGACAGACAAAGACACGCAGCAGCAAAUGAGGGCGCAGCAGCAGCAGCAGCAAAUACGGGCGCAGCAGCAAGAGCUGCGAGACACCCGCCUGCAGAUGUUCCUAGAGCAUCAGCGGCAGCUCUGCUGCUCUGCUGAUACAGAAGAAACUGCUGCUGCUGCUGCUGCUGCUGCUGCUGCUGCUGCGGCACCUGAGGUACCAGCAGCAGCACCACCACAAGCUGCAGUAGAUGCAGCCAAUGUAAGACAAGCAGCAGCACCAGCUGCUGCUGCUGCUGCUGCUGCGGCACCUGAGGUACCAGCAGCAGCACCACCACAAGCUGCAGUAGAUUCAGCCAAUGCAAGACAAGCAGCAGCACCAGCAGCAGCAGCAGCAGCAGCAGCAGGCACGGAGAGAAACUUCCCCACAGAAGCUGAACGAAUUCUAUGGGAGGCAAACCAACCUGCUGCUGCUGCUGCUGCUGCUGCUGCUGCUGCUGCUUCUGACCCGUCUGCUGCUGUUCACGUUGCACAUAGCAGGCAGCAGAACCCCUAUGAAGGCUUGCAACAGGCGCAACAGCAGCAGCAGCAGCAGCAGCAGCAGCAGCAGCAACAGCAGCUGCAUCUGCAGCAGGAAGCAGAGAAACAGGGGAUGGCAACAGCUGAACGAAUUCUAUGGGAGGCAAACCAACCUGCUGCUGCUGCUGCUGCUGCUGCUGCUGCUGCUGCUGCCAAUAUGCCUGCUGCUGCUGACCCGUCUGCUGCUGUUCACGUUGCACAUAGCAGGCAGCAGAACCCCUAUGAAGGCUUGCAACAGGCGCAACAGCAGCAGCAGCAGCAGCAGCAGCAGCAGCAACAGCAGCUGCAUCUGCAGCAGGAAGCAGAGAAGCAGGGGAUGGGUAGGCGAAGAAGGAAAACUAUUGCUCCCCUUCAGUUGCGUCAGCGGUGGGGUGACGACCACCCGCAGCAACAGCAGCAGCAGCAGCAGCAGCAGCAGCAGCAGCAGCAGCAGCAAAGCUGUGAGGACCCGCUGCUGCUUGCUUUUGCUAACCAAGUAAGCCAGGGGGCCCCCUAUACCCAGUGGGGGCCCCGCGAGCGGCUGUGGGGGCCCUCAGCCCCUUCAGAGGGCCCCCGUGAGAGACACCGAAGUGUUGCUGCUGCUGCUGCUGCUGCUGUUGCUGCUGCUGCUGCUGAAGGGGCAGCAUGGGCGCCGCAGCAGCAACAGUACCGAUGGCAGCAAACGCCAGUAAGACAGCAGCAGCAACAGCAGCAGCAGCAACUGCAGCAACUGCAGCAAUUGCAGCAGCAGCAGGACCCAAUGCCGCACAGCUCCUGGCUGCUGCCUGGGCAGCAGCAGAGGGGCGGUGCUGCUGCUGCUGCUGCUGCUGCUGCUGCUGCUGACAUCAAGCAGCAACAGUACCGAUGGCAGCAAACGCCAGUAAGACAGCAGCAACAACAGCAGCAGCAGCAACUGCAGCAACUGCAGCAAUUGCAGCAGCAGCAGGACCCAAUGCCGCACAACUCCUGGCUGCUGCCUGGGCAGCAGCAGAGGGGUGGUGCUGCUGCUGCUGCUGCUGCUGCUGCUGCUGCUGCUGACAUCUCCGAUCCCUUUGUUCGUGCUGCAGCAGCAUUUGCUGCUCCCUCAAACAGAAGCCCGCCUGCCCUGCUUCCUAGCAGCAGCAGAAGAGGUAGCGCUGGGGACCAGCAGCAACAGCAACAGCAGCAACAGCAGCAACAGCAGCAGCAGCAGCAGCACGACCCAAUGCCGCACAACUCCUGGCUGCUGCCUGGGCAGCAGCAGAGGGGUGGUGCAGGACCCAAUGCCGCACAACUCCUGGCUGCUGCCUGGGCAGCAGCAGAGGGGUGGUGCUGCUGCUGCAGCAGCAACAACUAUUCGAGCAACAGCUCCAGCUGCAGCAGCAGCAACUCGGCCUUGGGGCGGAAAACCAAAGGCAGCUAUUUGGCCCCCCUUGGGAUGUUUCAGAUACAUACAACGCAGCAACAACUAUUCGAGCAACAGCUCCAGCUGCAGCAGCAGCAACUCGGCCUUGGGGCGGAAAACCACAGGCAGCUAUUUGGCCCCCCUUGGGAUGUUUCAGAUACAUACAACGAGGAGCAGCAGCAGCAGCAGCAGCAGCAGCAGCAGCAGCUGUUUAUGUCGCGACAGCAGCAGCAGCAGCAGCAGCAGCAGCAGCAGCACGGGCAAACUCCUGAAGAUGAACUGCAAUACUACGCACACUCCACCCGGCUGUUUCAGCAGGACGAUCCAGCAUCUCUGAUGCAGAUGCAACUGCUGCAGCAUGACGACAGCAGCGAAGACGGGGGGGCCUCUUUCUAUCCUCAGCAGCAGCAGCAGCAGCAGCAGCAGCAGCGGCAUGACGACAGCAGCGAAGACGGGGGGGCCUCUUUCUAUCCUCAGCAGCAGCAGCAGCAGCAGCAGCAGCGCAGCAGCAGCAGCAGCAGCAGCUGUUUAUGUCGCGACAGCAGCAGCAGCAGCAGCAGCAGCAGCAGCAACACGGGCAAACUCCUGAAGAUGAGCUGCAAUACUACACACAUUCUACCCGGCUGUUUCAGCAGGACGAUCCAGCAUCUCUGA